AUGGAAGUUCCUGAACACAAGCAGGUUAAGCAUGUUGCAUGGAGAUUGAAGAGUACUGCUGCAGUUUGGUGGGAUAAAUUGCAGAACACCCGCAAGAAACAAAGGAAGCAGGGUGUUAAAACAUGGCGAAGAAUGAAGCAGCUGAUGAUGGAGAGGUUCUUACCGGACGAUUAUGAACAGAUUUUGUACAGAUUGUAUAUCGAAUGUGUCCAGGGAACUAGGACAGUGGCUGAAUACACCGCUGAGUUCUUGCGUUACUCGGAGCGUAAUGAAUUAGGAGAAACUGAAGGUCAGAAGGUGGCUCGCUUUGUCAGUGGGCUGAAGCCUUCCAUUCAAGAGAAAAUCGGGUUGCAAACUGUUCAUACUAUGGCAGAAGCUUCAAACCUAGCAUUGAAGGCAGAGGGUAAAACCACACUGCAGAAAACAGAAGGUGCUUUUAGGGCUUCCAAUCCUCCUUUUAAAGGUGUUGGUAGUUCUAGUGGUGCUCAAAAUAGAGCCCCGAAUCAGAGAUUUAAUAACCCUUAUGCUAGACCUACGGGAGAUGUCUGUUAUCGAUGCAACAAGCCUGGACAUAGGUCUAAUGUGUGUCCAGAGAGGAGACAAACUGCUCUUAUAGGUGAAUAUGAUGAAGAUGAAGAAGAAGGAGGAAGAGGUGACGAUUAUGAUGGGGCUGAGUUCGCGGAGGAGGAGUCUCCUGAAAAGGUUAAUAUUGUGUUGCAGCGGGUCUUAUUAUGUCCCAAAGAAGAUGGACAACGGCGCAAUAUUUUUAGAUCAUUUUGUUCCGUCAAUAACAAGGUGUGCAAUUUGAUUGUGGAUAAUGGGAGCUGCGAAAACUUUGUAGCCAAGAAACUGGUGGAAUACUUGCAGUUACCUACGCAGCCUCAUGAAGCACCUUAUUCCCUUGGUUGGGUCAAGAAAGGUCCACAAGUUCGAGUUAUUGAUUCUUGCAAAGUACCGGUCUCCAUUGGUAGAGAUAACGUGAUGAUGUUUAUGUGGGAUAGUCAUAAAAUUGCUAUGGCUCCCGUGAGUCAAUUUGAAAAAUCUGGUGGGAAGAAAGGGGAGAGUUUCCUGACCUUAUCUAGUAGUGAGUUUGAGAUGGAGGAGGCUUUUAGAGAAACUGAAGUUUUCUGCCCAGUAGUGAUAAAGGGAUUGUUGGCUACAGAAAAGGAAGAUGUGUUGAUCCCUAAAGAAGUGCAGAAGUUGUUGGGAGAUUUUGAAGAGUUGAUUUCAGAUGAGUUGCCCAACGAACUACCACCUAUGAGAGACAUCCAACAUCAGAUCGAUUUGGGGUUCAUCCGAGAAAGUAUGAGUCCUUGUGCAGUUCCCGUCCUCCUUGUUCCUAAGAAGGGCAAUCAAUGGCGGAUGUGUGUUGAUAGCAGGGCCAUUAAUAAGAUAACUGUGAAGUACAGGUUUCCUAUUCCUCGUUUGGAAGACAUGCUUGACGAGCUAGAAGGUUCCAAAGUGUUUACCAAGAUAGACCUUCGAAGUGGAUAUCACCAAAUUCGAAUCAAGCCAGGAGAUGAAUGGAAGACAGCUUUUAAGAGCAAGGAUGGCUUGUACGAGUGGAUGGUCAUGCCAUUCGGGUUGUCUAAUGCACCCAGCACUUUUAUGAGGCUUAUGAACCAGGUUCUUCGCCCCUUUAUGGGUUCCUUUGUAGUAGUGUAUUUUGAUGAUAUACUGAUAUAUAGCAGGACCAAAGAAGAACAUCUGGUGCAUUUGAAGCAGGUUUUGGAAGCUUUACAGGAGAAUAAACUGUACAUCAACUUAAAAAAAUGUACAUUCUGCACCAACAAGUUAUUAUUUCUGGGAUUUGUGGUUGGAGAAGAAGGCAUUCAGGUUGAUGAAGAGAAGGUACGAGCAAUAAGAGAAUGGCCAGCUCCGAAAACAGUUUCUGAAAAAGGCAAAUUCCAAUGGGGAGAGGAACAAGAGAAGAGCUUUGCCUUAAUCAAGGAGAAGCUUUGUACUGCACCAGUUCUUGCUCUUCCUAAUUUUGACAAGGUAUUCGAGGUAGAAUGUGAUGCUAGUGGCGUGGGAGUGGGUGCUGUAUUGUCACAAGAGAAGAAACCCGUAGCAUUCUUUAGUGAAAAGUUGAGUGAAGCUCGUCAGAAGUGGAGUACUUAUGACCAAGAAUUUUAUGCAGUGUUCCGGGCAUUGAGGCAAUGGGAGCACUACUUGAUUCAGAGGGAGUUCGUACUGUUCACCGAUCACCAAGCCUUGAAGUACCUCAAUAGCCAGAAAACUGUGAAUAAAAUGCAUGCAAGGUGGGUGAGUUUUCUGCAGAAGUUUCCUUUUGUGAUUCAACAUAAAUCUGGUACUCUUAACCGGGUCGCAGAUGCUUUGAGUAGGAGGGCGUCCUUACUGGUCACUUUAGCUCAGGAGAUUGUGGGGUUUGACCUCUUGAAGGAGUUGUAUGAAGAAGAUGUUGAUUUCAAGGAGAUUUGGGCCAAGUGCAGCAAUAACAAUGCAGUCGCAGAUUUUUAUGAGAAUGAAGGAUAUUUAUUCAAGGGCAACAGACUUUGUAUCCCUAGUUCUUCAUUGAGGGAAAAACUGAUCCGAGAUCUGCAUGGAGGAGGAUUGAGCGGGCACUUGGGCAGAGACAAGACUAUUGCUAGUCUUGAGGAGCGGUAUUUCUGGCCACAGUUGAAGAAGGAUGCAGGAACUAUUGUGAGAAAGUGCUACACCUGCCAAGUAUCUAAGGGUCAGUCCCAAAAUACAGGUCUUUAUCUACCUUUACCUGUUCCUGAUGACAUUUGGCAGGACCUUGCUAUGGAUUUUGUGUUGGGCUUACCCCGUACCCAAAGGGGAGUGGAUUCAGUGUUUGUGGUAGUUGAUAGGUUCUCUAAGAUGGUGCAUUUCAUCGCAUGUAAAAAGACUGCUGAUGCUUCUAAUAUAGCUAAAUUAUUCUUCAGGGAAGUGGUUCGUUUGCAUGGAGUACCCAAGUCCAUUACAUCUGACAGAGACACCAAGUUCCUUAGCCAUUUCUGGAUUACUUUGUGGAGGAUGUUUGGAACAUCUUUGAACCGUAGUAGCACAGCCCAUCCUCAAACGGAUGGCCAGACAGAGGUUACUAACAGAACUUUGGGUAACAUGGUCCGGAGCGUUUGUGGAGAUCGACCCAAACAGUGGGAUUAUGCUUUGCCCCAGGUGGAGUUUGCUUAUAACAGUGCUGUGCAUAGCGCCACAGGGAAGUCACCAUUCUCCUUAGUUUAUACUACUGUUCCUCAACAUGUGGUUGAUCUGGUGAAGCUUCCUAAGGUUCCUGGAGUUAGUGUUGCUGCUGAUAGUAUGGCUAGAGAUGUACAAGCUGUUCGAGAUGAAGUUAAGGCUAAGCUGGAAGCAACUAAUGCUAAGAAUAAAACUGCAGCUGAUAAACAUCGGCGAGUUAAAGUAUUCCAGGAAGGUGAUGACGUGAUGGUGUUCCUGAGGAAGGAGAGAUUCCCUGUUGGUACCUAUAACAAGUUGAAGCCCAGAAAAUAUGGUCCUUUUAAGGUGGUGAAGAAGAUCAAUGAUAAUGCUUAUGUUGUUGCACUUCCAGAUUCAAUGGGCAUUUCUCACACUUUCAAUGUUGCUGAUCUGCAUGAGUUUCAUGAAGAUGAGGGUGUUAGUGCCAGCUCUCUUUGA